CCCGGAAGUGGCUGCGUCGUUGUUUUUAUUCCCCGCGCUGUUUCCCAACAUGAGAGAGGCCAACAUGGCUGAUCCUGUGAGUAUCGGGGCUCUGCUCCAGUCUGAGCUCGUCGAGGACGCUUUGUACCGGGAGGAAGGCUUGUGUGUUGUCGGUAUUUUCGGCAAAAGCAACAUGCAGUCGGGGCCGCUGAAGGAGUCUCUGGUCAACACUCUGGCGGAUAAACACCUCUUUGCGCUGUUCGGCGGCCCGGAGGACGGCGGCACCGCGGACAGCCACAUCCAGGCUUUCUACAACCAGGAGAACCGGGUUCUGUACCUGAUGCUCUCCUCCGUCUGCGACAGCCGCCAGCUGCUGCGGGCCUGUCAGACUCUCAGUGCCGGCGCCGGCCACUCGGACGCCCAUGACUUCUGGAAAGGCCUGGACAGACAGCACUGCCUCCACCUGCUCUACAUGUUCUCCGUGUGCCACGUCCUCCUGCUCGUCCAUCCCAACCAGACCUUCGACGUGACCUACGACCGGUUCUUCCGAGCCCUGGACGCCCUGCGACAGAAGGUGCUGCCUCUGAUCAGAGCUGCCAUCAAAGACUGUCCGGUGUCCAAGGAGUGGAAGGUGAACUGUCGGCCCUGCCCUCCGCGCCUGCUCUUCGUCUUCCAGAUGAACGGCACCCUAAAGGUUUCUGCCAAUGGUUCAGAGUCUGGAGGAAAUCCAGACAAACCCAAAAAGCACUCUCCCCGGAGGAGGCUGCAGCAUGCUCUGGAGGACCAGAUUUAUCGCAUCUUCCGUAAAAGCAGAGUCCUGACCAACCAAAGUAGCAACUGUUUGUUCACCGUGCCCGCCAACCAAGCAUUUGUGUAUGUGAUACCAGCAACGGAUGAGGACCCCGUGGGAGCAUUGCUUUCUCAGCUGCGGUCAAACUGCACCUUGUGUGAGCAGGACUCCACCACGCUGGUGUCAGGGCCAAGGCGUUAUCAGCAGAUGCGACGUUCGGCUCGACAGUCCAGCUGCAGCACAGACUCAGGCAUUGCGCCGAUGGGCGGUCAGCUGCUGGACUGUAGCUUGAAGGAGUUCCUCUGGCAGCAUGUAGAGCUCGUGCUGACUAAGAAAGGCUUCGAUGACAGUGUCGGGCGCAACCCACAGCCUUCGCACUUUGAGCUGCCGACCUACUCCAAGUGGGUCCAGGUGGCCUCCAGACUCCACCAUGUCCUUAUUAGCACCACAGAAGAAGAAAUGGCUGAGCUAGCUACAAAAGUGCAAAGCCAGCUGAAGGUUUUGGAGGGUUUUCUUGAAGCUGACACAAAGUUUUCUGAGAACAGGUGUCAGAAAGCUCUGCCACUGGCUCACAGCGCUUACCAGUCCAACCUUCCCCAUAAUUACACCACUACAGUGCACAAAAACCAGUUGGCACAGGCUCUGCGUGUGUACAGCCAGCAUGCUCGUGGCGUGGCCUUUCAGCGCUACGCUCUGCAGCUUCACGAGGACUGCUACAAGUUCUGGAGCAACGGGCACCAGCUGUGUGAGGAGCGAAGCCUGACUGACCAGCACUGUGUUCACAAGUUCCACUUACUGCCUCAGCCAGGAGAGAAGCCGGAUAUGGAUCGCAACCCACCCAUACUGAACCACAACAGCAGGGGGCGCUCCACAAGCUCCUGCAACUGUGGCAGGAAGCAGGCUCCUCGUGAGGAUCCAUUUGACGUCCAGGCUGCCAAUUAUGACUUCUACCAGAUGCUGGAGGAGAAAUGCUGUGGGAAGCUGGAGAGGAUCGAGUUUCCAGUUUUCCAGCCCAGCACUCCUGACCCAGCCCCCGCCUCAAACCAGGCUCCGCGACCCCAAUCUGAGGCCUCGGGGUCUGGUGAGGCUGAGAGGCUGAAGGAGCCGAGCACUGCACAGAGUCACACGCCCGGAGACACCAGCCUCAGCCUGGCCCUCAGUCUCGGCCAGUCCACGGACAGUCUGGGCACCUAUGGUGACGGAGAUGGAACCGAAACCCAAGUUCAGCAGAAGAGGCCGAGCCUGGUAGAUCGACAGCCCUCCACUGUGGAGUACCUCCCUGGUAUGAUGCACUCGGGCUGCUCGAAGGGUCUGCUACCUAAGUUCUCCAGCUGGUCACUGGUCAAACUGGGAACAGCAAAGUCCUACAACUGCCACACUGGUCUGGAACAGCCAGGCUUCCUCCCCGGCUCCUCCUUCCUCUUGCCAUGGGACUUGGUCAUUCGCUCCCGGUCGGAGGAGGAUACAGGACUGACUGAGCCUUUGGAUGGAGGCACCUCUUCGUGGCCAGCCCCUAACAAGACCCUGGUGGGAAAGCGAGGGAGCACUGGAGGGCUGGGUAGGAGUCGCAGGAGGGAUGACAUGGCUCGAGCAUUCGUGGGGUUUGAGUAUGAGGACAGCAGGGGAAGACGCUUCAUUAGCUCCGGGCCUGAUAAAAUAGUGAAGGUGCUGGGGCCAGGGGGUGCCAAGGAUCCCGCUACCAGGGUGCUUAACACAGACAUGCCGUUGUACAUCCCUUCACCUUCCCAGGGCCGCGGCCUGAAGCCUCACUACGCCCAGCUGGCUCGCCUUUUUAUUGUUGUGCCUGAUGCUCCGCUGGAGGUUACACUCAACCCACAGGUACAGCCUGGUCUCCCUCCCUGCCCAGUUUUCCAUCCAGAGCAGACAGAGUUAGUGUUGCCCGCCGAUGGUCUUUGGGUGCUGCGCUUCCCUUAUUCCUACGCAACCGAUCACGGUCCCUGCUACCCACCCAAAGAAAACCAACCUCUCAACAACUACAAGGUGCUACGAGGCAUCCUAAAGGCCACCACUGCUAACCCGCCACCACAGUAACCUGAAGGACUUCACCUUUCUGGACCCCGUCUUCAUGAAUUUACAGCUGCUUACACAGGUUAAGACAUUUUAAUUGUAUCGUCUCCCUGCUCAUGGCAGGGUCAGUUCGUGACACCACCUAGUGAGAUCUUCUGUUUUUCUCCAUCAUUAGAUAAACAUCUCCCCAAGGGUCUCGUAAACUAAUUCCUGUAUUCUCAUUAAAGGGGCUGUGGACGUUUACAGCCUCCACAGAUUUAUAUUGAUUUUGAGAACCUCAUGACCAACAGUUUUACUGAACUCUUGGCACCUAUAUGACCAUGUUAUAAUUGUGAUUCUCUCAUUUGGGGCAGCUCAAUCCCCAGUGUUUGUAAACCAGCCCGGGUUUGUAUCUUGUGUCGCAGAACUUUUCGUCUGAUGAGCAAAGGUCAGCAGCAGAAAACUGAGAAGCCAUUAAGGCUGAGGCUGAAGUGCUUUCUGCUUCACGUGCAGUAUCUGAAUAGUUCCACAACGCAUCUCAAAAACUGUUAUUGAUAAGUAUUUAGAGCGUUGGAAACUGGAGUGGAACAUGUCGGUUUAUUUUUUUGUAAAUAAAAAUUAACUGGAGGUCAA